CCCCGCCCGAGCUCCUGUCUCUGCUCGUCCGGUGCACCCAAUUCCGUCCAUCUCCACGUCCCGAUCGGCUCGGCUGCCCUUCUGCUCGACUCUGCCCCGUCCUUAGUUCCCAGCACCUGUCGCACCAUGGCCGAGAUCUCAACGCCCGUUCCCGUCGCCGUCGACGCCCCCGCCAGCGGCUCCUCUCAGACGCUGAAGGAGCUGUUUGCGGGUUCUGUCGGUGGCAUUUUCCAGGUUCUUGUUGGCCAGCCCUUCGAUACCGUCAAGGUUCGGCUACAGACCCAGCCCGACCAGUAUGGCGGCAUGGUGGAUUGCGUCAAGAAGACCCUCCAGAACGAAGGUCCUCUCGCGUUCUACAAGGGCACCCUGACUCCUCUGGUUGGUAUCGGCGCCUGCGUUUCUGUCCAGUUCGGCGCCCUCGAGGCGGCCAAGCGCUACUUUGUCGACCACAACAAGUCCCGGGGACUGGCCAACCCGUCGGACCUCAACCUCGGGCAGCUCUUCCUCGCUGGCUCGUGCAGCGGUGUCGCCAACUCGGUGCUGUCGGGUCCCAUCGAGCACAUCCGCACCCGCCUGCAAGUCCAGCCUUCGGGUGCGGACCGCCUGUACGCCGGCCCGGGCGACUUUAUCAAGAAGAUCUACGGCCAGUACGGCAUUGCCGGCAUCUACAAGGGCCAGGGCAUCACCCUCGUCCGUGAGUUCUCUGGAUACGGCGUGUACUUCAUGGCCUACGAGUGGCUCAUGCAGCGCUACAUGAAGAACAACAGCGUCAAGCGGUCCGAGGUCCCUGCCUACAUGCAGUGUCUGUUUGGUGCCUGCGCCGGAUACUCGCUCUGGCUGGCAAUCUACCCCGUGGACUCGGUCAAGUCCAAGCUCCAGACCGAUGCCUUCGACCCCUCAAAGGCCAGAUACAAGGGCAUGAUCGACUGUGCCCGCAAGGUCAUCCGCGAGGAGGGUCUGGGCGGUCUGUACCGUGGCUUCUGGCCGUGCAUGCUCCGUGCCGGCCCGGCCAACGCCGCCACGUUUGUGGCCUUUGAAGCCACGAUGAAGCUGAUCUCGUAAACAUGCUGGGAGACGGGGCCUGGGCAAGCCCAAGGACACAGCAAGAUGCGCAGAAUACAUGGGCGAAAGUCGCUAGAAG